CAGAGGCCAAUUCCGCUUCCGGUCUCGGAGUCCCUCUUGUUGUUGGAUAGCUUUGCUGAGCGGGCGAGCCCUCAGGGUCAAUUUCCGGAGUCCAGGGCUCGCCCGAGGGCUGCUGUUACAGCCAUGGCGGCCUCCACCGCAGCAGGGAAGCAGAGGAUCCCCAAGGUGGCCAAGGUGAAAAACAAAGCCCCCGCUGAGGUGCAGAUAACUGCGGAGCAGCUUCUGAGAGAAGCUAAGGAAAGGGAGCUUGAGCUCCUUCCACCUCCCCCUCAACAGAAGAUCACCGAUGAAGAAGAAUUAAAUGAUUACAAACUCAGGAAGAGGAAGACUUUUGAAGAUAACAUAAGGAAAAACAGGACUGUGAUUAGUAACUGGAUAAAAUACGCACAAUGGGAGGAGAGUCUAAAGGAGAUUCAGAGGGCUCGAUCCAUCUACGAACGUGCUUUGGAUGUGGACUAUCGGAAUAUCACACUCUGGCUGAAAUAUGCAGAAAUGGAAAUGAAGAAUCGCCAGGUGAACCACGCCCGAAAUAUCUGGGACCGGGCCAUCACGACUCUGCCUCGGGUCAACCAGUUCUGGUACAAGUACACGUACAUGGAGGAGAUGCUGGGGAACGUUGCCGGCGCCCGGCAGGUGUUCGAGCGCUGGAUGGAGUGGCAGCCGGAGGAGCAGGCCUGGCACUCCUACAUCAACUUCGAGCUGCGGUACAAGGAGGUGGACCGCGCCCGUGCCAUCUACGAGCGAUUUGUUCUCGUGCACCCCGACGUGAAGAACUGGACCAAGUACGCCCGCUUUGAGGAGAAGCACGGCUACUUCGCCCACGCGCGGAAGGUGUACGAGAGGGCCGUGGAGUUCUUCGGGGACGAGCACAUGGACGAGCACCUGUACGUCGCCUUUGCCAAAUUUGAGGAAAAUCAGAAAGAAUUUGAGAGGGUGCGAGUGAUCUACAAGUACGCCCUGGACAGGAUUUCAAAGCAGGAGGCCCAAGAGCUCUUUAAAAACUACACCAUCUUUGAGAAGAAGUUUGGUGACAGGCGGGGCAUUGAAGACAUCAUUGUGAGCAAACGGAGAUUCCAGUAUGAGGAAGAAGUGAAGGCCAACCCGCACAACUACGACGCGUGGUUCGACUACCUGCGCCUGGUGGAGAGCGACGCGGAGGCGGAGGCGGUGCGGGAGGUGUACGAGCGCGCCGUUGCACACGUGCCGCCCGUGCCCGAGAAGAGGCACUGGCGGCGCUACAUUUUACUAAUGGUAAAAUCAGCAUUAGUAACAGACCUGAAUGUUUUGUGAAAUUUUCUUACCCUGAUGCAGGAUCCCGAGAGGACAAGACAGGUUUACCAAGCCUCUUUGGAACUAAUUCCUCAUAAAAAGUUCACAUUUGCCAAAAUGUGGUUACUAUAUGCACAGUUUGAAAUAAGACAGAAAAAUUUACCAUUUGCCAGGAGAGCUUUGGGAACUUCCAUAGGCAAGUGUCCGAAGAACAAGCUGUUUAAAGGCUACAUUGAACUGGAGCUACAGCUUCGAGAGUUUGACAGAUGCCGGAAGCUUUAUGAGAAGUUCCUGGAGUUUGGACCUGAAAAUUGUACCUCUUGGAUUAAAUUUGCAGAAUUAGAGACAAUCCUUGGCGACAUCGAGAGAGCACGGGCGAUCUACGAGUUAGCCAUCAGUCAGCCGCGCCUGGACAUGCCAGAGGUGCUUUGGAAAUCAUACAUUGAUUUUGAAAUCGAGCAGGAAGAAACUGAGAGAACCCGGAAUCUUUAUCGACGACUGCUUCAGCGCACGCAGCACGUCAAGGUAUGGAUCAGUUUUGCACAGUUUGAGUUGUCUUCAGGGAAAGAAGGAAGCGUGGCUAAAUGCAGACAAAUCUACGAAGAGGCGAACAAAACCAUGCGAAACUGUGAGGAAAAGGAAGAGAGACUUAUGCUGCUGGAAUCUUGGCGAAGCUUUGAAGAUGAAUUUGGAACAGUGUCAGAUAAGGAGAGAGUCGACAAGCUCAUGCCAGAGAAAGUCAAGAAGAGAAGAAAGGUGCAGGCUGAUGACGGGUCUGACGCAGGCUGGGAAGAAUACUAUGAUUACAUCUUUCCGGAGGAUGCUGCCAACCAGCCCAACCUCCGGCUCCUGGCCAUGGCCAAGCUCUGGAAGAAACAGCAGCAGGAGAAGGAGGCUGGGGAGCAGGACCCGGACAAGGACCCUGCAGACAGUGAACCCGGGCCUUCUGGUCCCUGUUGACAGACUUUUUAUUAUUUUUAUAAAUUUACAUUUUGGAACUCUUGUGAUUCGUGUUAAGUUUUUGGAUAUUUCACUGAUAAUGAAUUGAUAAUCUCUGACAACUAUUUUUUGAAUUAUUUUUAAAAUGCUCUGGGGUUAGUUAGGGGUGGGGUUUGCAAGUAAAGGAAUUUUUUUAACUGCUA